AUUCAACAGAUGUUAUUAGCAACUGUCAUUCCAUCAAGUACCGCGAUCACGAUACUUCAACACUUCGGAACUCCGAUUGUUCAGUCCGGCGUAGAACACAGAGGCUAUAUAAAACCCAACUACCAUACCUAAUUACAUCAUGGUUUCCCUAUUUGACGUCGCAAUUUCUUUCGCCUAGCUAUAAAACCCUCUUCCGAAUCCCCCUUUUUCCUCAGUGCAAAGGGCUGCUGCUGCAAAGCUUCAAACAGUUUCACUUAGUAUCUUGGAUCAGAUCAUCAAUUCCAUGGUGUCCCACACUAUUCCAAACCCAGGCAAUGCGCCAAAUGUAUCUCACGACGCCCGAGAAGCAUACGAAACCCUCAAAUCUGGCGGGGUCAUUAUCGCCCCGACAGAUGUAGGUUACGCACUUAUGACGAGUACACAGGCCGGAAUUCAGAGGAUCUUCGCCGCCAAAGAUCGUCGACAGGGCCACAACAUUGGUAUCAUUGGAACGUAUCGGCAGCAUCGAGAAAUACACGUGCUGCCGGAGUCCAAGUUUGAGCUUACACGUGUUUUGACGGAAGAUAUGGGGAUGAUAGUCGGCAUCAUCGCCAAAUUCGAUCCUCAGAAUCUUCACCCGCGCUUGGCAGCCCUAGAUAGGGCCACGCUCUCUCAGGUCACAAAGGGAGAUAUGGUCAGCAUUGCAAUUCCAGAGGGGCCUUUUUUGCGGGAGCUCGGCAGGCUUUGCGACACCGACCCCCAGGGCCUGCUGAUGUUCGGGACUUCCGCAAAUCUUACAGGGCAGGGACAGCGAUUCCGCAUUGAAGAUAUUGAACCCGCUGUGCUUGCGCAUGUCGACCUGGUGGUUGAUUACGGUCUGCAGAAGUGGCAUAUUUAUGGCCGCGGCGGGGUUAACUUCGAUGCCGAGAAUAUGAAGGUCUUGCGAAUGGGAGCCGGGUACGAAAUAUUUAGGGACAGGAUCUUGAGAUGGUUCCCUCAGCUGUUGAAAGAAUCCGGCGUUGGCCUUGAAGAGGAUCCGGAGCAUGGGAUCAGGGAGUCGCACGUUGGGGAAUAGACCACUUCAGUCAAAGAAUGGCGAUGGUCAGAAACAAGAGGAUUACUAUAAGAACAUUGGGACGAAUGCGAAUUCUCCUUUUCUGAAAACUUAGGUGUUGCUGGCUUGGGCGAUGGCCAGUGGGACUUUGGUGGUUGCGAUCUUACAAACGAGCGGUAGAGAUAAUUCAUUAGCGACGACAUAUAUGGGCGCCUUGUUGUACACUGUAGCUGGUCUCGCCUGUAUGUUGCCCUGCUCAGUGGUCUUGCCUAAAUAUUUUGUCAUUAGUUUAGUCUAUUUGCCAAAGAAUAAAUGGAGGGUAAUGAAUCAAAUUUAUACUCUUGACUUGCGUCUAAUUUCAGGUUAUAUUUGUACGCCCCGUUUGACACGAGGAAAUGACUACGUUAGGAUGUGUAUAGUGUGAUAACAUGAGUCGGUCCAUGGAUACUUAAUGAUACUGCAUCAGACAUGAUAUUCAAGGUGCAUCAUGCUCGCAUACAUUCUUCAGACCAGCGUCAAUCUGCCACUCAAUGCUGGGAGGGUUUCGUCUUUCUCAAAGUCCCAUACUCCUCUCGACCUUCCUCCUUCUUGCCGUUAUUCCCUGCUUGCGACCUCUAAGCUGGAACAACUCCAUUGUAACCAAGAGAAAAAGUGCUUACUCAAGUAUCUGGAGAACGUUCACCAUUAGGGUAGGGAAAAAGAAGGCGGAGGGGUGACGGAAGGGUCAGUAUCAAAGGAAAAGCAGUAUCGUCAUCGACUCGAAGAACCGGAUCGUACAUGAAAGGACGGGGAGAAGUAUGGACUGUAUCUUUGUUGUGCAGUGUCGCUAUUUUUUUGGUUUGCAUUCACCAGCAAUCUAAGUGCUAAGCCACAUGCAUACUUGA